GUUUGAAUGUCAGUUGUUUUAUUUUAAGCGUUUUAAAGUUUUUUCUAAAAUAGGUAUGAUGGAGAGACCCAACCAACCAUACGUAUCAUGUAUUAAAAUAAACGGCCUACCAAUUUUGCCGCCAUUGAUCUCUUCCAAUAGAAAAAAAGAGCUUUUGGCGUACAAAGAACUGGCAAUUCAGGUGGAAAAUAAACUAAAAAGCAAAAAAUCAUCCAAAGAAACCAGUGAACGAUCAGUUUCCACUACAAAUGAGGAGGAAACUGUUAAAUAUGUGCCUUACAAGAAUCUUAAAAGCAGAACGAGGCAUUUAAGUCUCGAUAUCGUCGACGUAACAGAAUACAAUAACCAAGGGUAUACAGUGGUUAAAGAUGCAUCCAAAGAAACGGAAAAUUUUGAACUGGAAAGUGAAUUAAGCUCUCCAAGGCCAAGGCUGAUACGGAGCAAUUCGUACACAAUAGAAGAUCCCAGUCCUUGCUUACUGGCGCAUUUGGAAAAACAGAGUGAAACUACAAGUGAGACGAGCUUUUUGAGUGCUAAAAAUUGGGCUUCCAAUGAAUGCAAUUACAAGCCUUAUAAAGAAGAAAUAUCAGAAUUGAGUAUGGAUGUUUUUGGGACCCCUUUGUCAAAUUUAUCAGGCAGUACAACAAUAGAAAAUAUUACUACGGAUAGAUCUUCAACAGCAGAAAAUAUAACUAUAGAUAAAUCUCCUACUGUAGAGGUGUUACAAACUGAUAUAAUAGUUCAACAAAUAACAGUUCAUGCAGAUCCCAAAAGUCAAAUUUUUAACAAUGUUUCUCCUAUAAGUAAGAACAUUGAAACUACCAAUAAUACUUUAGGUAGCACAUCAAAAACAAACAUCAAUGAUGAUACUGAAAGUAAACUAAUGCAAAUAUUAAAAGAUAUACCUGAAGAUUAUGCUAAGCAGAUAUUAGAAUUAAUAGAAAAACAAAAAGAGGAACAAAUCAAACGUUUUGAAUGUUACGAGAAUAUUAAAAAACAGUUGCUUGAUGAAACUGAUGUUAAAUGUAAUAAAUUGACACAUACAGCUUCUACAGAGUUAAGAAUUAAGGAUUCCACACCGAGCAAGGAUAAUCCUGUUACACUGUCUUGUUCCACAAGAAGACUAAAUAUUGAUAACAAUGAAUCCAUACAGUUGAUUGAUCUGGAGGAUGAUGGCAAUUAUGGAAAUACAGAUAAAAAAUCUUUUAGGGAGGAUUUAAGAAUUGCCAACAUAAGUAGGGAAUUAUUUCCUAAAAUUAAUGAUCAGGAUGUAAAGGAUGAAAAGGAAAAGAAAGAGCAAUGGGCCGCCAAUAUUAUUUGUGCACAUGCAAAAGGUUACUUAACGAGGAGAUUAUAUAGAACAGACAAAGUCCAGGGGCUCAUUGAUACCAUAAAAGAUACUUUACUUUGUGCCUUGCAGUUGCACAAUGCUGAAAAUAUUGAUGAAUAUGAUAUCGAGUUACAUAGAAGACUGAUCCAACAGGUUAGUGCAGCUUGCUAUGCCUUCCACGACUUGUUCUUUAGCCUUAGUACAAGAGAACAAAUGAUGAUCAUUGCGGCUGACCGGAACUACAAAUUGGAGAAAGCGAUGCGGUCUUCCUUCCGGUCUUCGCGAAGUUCUUCUUCGAUUAGUUCCGGGAGAAGACCGUCGGUGGGGAAAAAGACCACCAAGCCGCCACAAAGAAGGUUCAGCGGUACCAAAGCGUAGAUUAUGUUUGUUUUUGUUGUUUUUUACCUUAUGCCUUCCAUCGCCAUAUCUUAGUUUUGUAAAAAUUUAUAUUAUAUUAUUCUAAAUAUGGUGCUAAAUUUUACAAUGCCGUGUUUAAACUUUAAGUAUAUACCAAAGAAUUUUUAUAUUUGUAUUAUUAGAGUUAAGUUCAAUUCAAUUCAUAAUAUUUUUAUACACAAUUAAAUUAGAAAUUUCACGAAUAAGUACGCUUUAAAU